AUGUACACCGCGUGGCGUCCCUGGAUAGCCCUUCUGGAACCCUAUGUUCCUCUGCCCGACCCCCCACAUGUGACACUGUUUUAUGACCGUAAUUCCACAGAAUGGUAUGGGGACCUGUUCUCUGAGCAACUGGAAGGCCACGAGUGGCAAGUUGCAUCUCAAAACAUUUAUGUAGGUCCCGAGGGGUUGGCCUCAGCAGUCCACCUGUCUCCUGAGCAACUGCCCUGGUACAGGAUGGGAGAGGAGGCGGUGCCACACGUCUCUCUCGCCCUACAUCCUAAGCAUCAGGCCAAAGAUUUAGGCCCUAUGGUGAAAAGAGCCAUUUCAGCUACGGACUGGGGUCCCACCCAGAUCCUUCAAAUCUCGUACUCCCCCUCCUGCAGUUCCUACUGUAUUCCAACUAAGGUGACAGACACAGCCCUGUUACAGCAUGAACAAUUGUCUAGGGACCAUGGUAGGGAAAAGAUGGAUCAUCCCAGUGCAGCAGCAUUACUGGCUUCCCUGCUCGACUCCCUGUGGUCCACCGGCCCCACGGAUGUUGGUUUGGUGGAUUGCGCGCCCGUCGACUUCCUAUUGCGCCCUACGGCAGGACCCCUUUGGGUCAGGCAAUACCAACACAAACCAGCUGCAGAGGAAGGGAUAGCGGAGACUGUUGCCGGUCUCUUACGGGCAGGAGUGUUAGAAUGUUCCACUUCUCAGUGGAAUACUCCGAUCCUCCCAGUGGAGAAGGCAGGAACAGCACCCCACUGCAGGGACGUAUUCUCGUUCACGUACAGGGGAUGCCAGUUCAGGUACACGCGUCUCCCACAGGGAUUUGCUCCGUCUCCCGGGAUUUUCAAUCAGGUGUUGAAGCAGUCAUUGCAGGGCUGCCCUCUCCCUGAUGGGAUCACCCUCGUCCAGUACGUCGAUGACUUGCUUAUCGUGGCUCCAACUGCGGAGGUGGCACUCGAGGCGACUCGGUCAGUGCUCCUCUGGCUGGCAAAAAGAAGAUUCAAGGUCAGUAAGGACAAGAUGCAGGUGGCCAGGACGGUGGUUUCCUUCCUGGGGAGGGUCCUAUCUGGUAAGGGGACAGGGCUCUCUCCGGCCCAUCGGUCAGCCAUCCUGAGUCACCCUUAA